AUGAACAUCGUCAAAGAUGAUCAUCGCUGUCUGAGUUUUCUCGAUGUCAUUGUAUUGGUGUGCGUGUUCUCUACAAGCUCAGGGCUUCCCAUCCAACGAGCAUUGAGACUUGAGAGUAUGUCGUUUUGCUAUCCAUCAUCACCAAGAAAACUGGCGAUGACAGUUGCUUUCUUUGCCUCAGGGGCAGCUCUUUUCGCCGUGGGGAUGCAUCUGUCUUAUCUCAACGUUGCUCCUCAGCAAGCUCGUACUAAAGCACGUAAUGAUUUUGUCAAAGAACGCCUCAGGCAGAAACAAGGCAAGUGA